AUGCCUGCACCUCCAUCAGCAGAGAUCAUCGAUGGUUGCAAGACAUUCAUUCCUCUCGAAAACAACCCCGAGGUUCUCCGUCAUCUGUGCCAGAACCUCGGCGUCACAAGAGAACUUCAAUUCAAAGACAUUAUCUCCCUAUCUUCCAACCAUCUUCGCGAAUCUUCUCUAGGACCUUGCCAUGCUUUGAUUGUACUAGCGGAAACGGCCAUCUUCAGCUAUGCCCGUCCCACCGAUGGGCUAGCGAUCCCCGAGUACCAGGGUUCGGGCCCCGAUGAACCAAUUCUGUGGAUGAGACAGACGAUCAAUCAUGCGUGUGGGUUGAUGGCCCUUCUCCAUGUGGUAUUUAAUCUCCGUGGCGGUCGAUAUGUUCAACCCGGCACGCCGCUCGAUGGCCUUCGCCGGCAAGCUAUCGGUCUGGCGCCCGCAGAGCGAGCACGGUUACUCUAUGAGUCGAAAUUUCUUGAAGAAGCUCAUAUGGAUGCAGCUUCACGUGGAUCUUCUCGGGCUCCCUCGCCGCGUGAGGAUAACCAGCACCAUUUCAUGGCAUUCGUACAGAAAGAUGGCCAAGUCUGGGAAUUGAAUGGGGGGUUGGCCGGGCCUUACAUGCGAGGUGCAAUCAAUGUGGGAGAAGAUCUUUUGAGUGAGAAAGGGCUUGACCUCACCGUGAAGGAUUUUGUGACUGCUGCUCAACAAACUGGACAUUACGAGAUGAGUAUCGUUGCGGUGAUGGGGGACCCUACUCAGUAG